GGCAAAUUUUCAAGAUGGCGGCAGCUAGUGUCUAGGUUUAUGUAACUAGACCUUACUUUUUACCAAGUUCUUUCUGAUUUUCACAAAUUUUUUGAGUUUUCAGUGGUUGUAUACAGUUAUAAGCACUUGUUUUUUAUCGGAGUGGUGUCUAAAGGAAACUUUUUCCUUGGUUACAUUGAAGCAGUCGUGAGAGUAACAAGCUUACAUAACAUCAGCAAAACAUCUAAGUUCAACAAGGAAGAAGGAUAUUUUUUUAAAAUGAGCCGCACAGUGCUACAAACAAGAACUAUUAUCCCUAUUUUGAGGACAUCUCUUCUAAGUAAACUUUCUAGUGAAUUGGUUGUAUGUACUUCACGGCCAAUUUCAGCUUGCGCUGUAUGCGGAAAUGAACGCCCUCGCAGCAAUCAAACUCAAAGAGAGAAGAUUUUGGCGCUCAGUAAAACACAAAUGGCGCGGUUCUCAACGAAGGAAAAUCAAUAUCCGGUACGUACAUGUAGUUUUAGUGGUAGGAAUAGUUACUUAAUGAAGGGCAAUUUUUUUUAGAAUUAUUAUUUGGUAUUUGACUUUGCACCUCUCUCUUAUCGUACUAGUGGCUCUGUGGCUUGCCGGUUUAGGGUCCGGGGGGGGGGACUCAACAAAUGUUUAUGUCCCACCCCUUACCCUUUAAUAUACCAUUUAUCAUGAAAAAGGUACCCCUUUCGAAUACCUUCUAUGGACAAAUGAUCCGGGCCUCUCACAUACCUUGUUUACAUUUUUGCAUCCCUUUUAACUGUAUAAAAUGCAGUGUCUGUUAAAUAGGAAUCAAUCACAAAAAUACAACGUUUUCUCAACUUUAUAAAGCCAUAAAAUUCAUCUGUUAGCCCUUGAGGUCCCUGUCACAGAUCCAAAUGACAGAUUUCCCAACCCUUUUGUAUAUUUCAACCAGUGAAAUCCCUACCCUCUCAUAUAACUGAAGCUUGCAGAAGAUACACCUUUCAGGUGGAACCUCCCCAUAUAGGCCAUCAUAGGGAGUACCACUCCCCUCUGGGGUUUAAGGUCAGGUCACCUUGAGAUCACCCUGGGAGCAGAGCCUCCUUUUGUCUUCUUGAUCAAGGAGGUGAAAAGGAGGCUCCACUUGAAUUGUGUCAAACCUUUGAAGUGAUCGUAGCCCAAAUUUCUGGGCUAGUCAAACUUGUUUUCUCUUGUUAUUUUGUAUUUUAUUUUUACUCCAUCCUAAAAUACAUUAGUUGUACAAUAAUACAAUAGUUGUACAAUAUCAAUUGGUACAAAGUUGCUUAAACUACGUGUACAUAAUAAUAAUUAUAAAAGAAGAAAAUUAGAAUGGAGAAGGGUGCAUUAUAGUAAAACUAAUCAUGGCCUUUAACAAGAUUGACUUUAUUAUUUUGUAGUUUUGUUAUUCAUUAAAACACAAACACGCACGCAUGCACACACACACACGCACAACAAGUCAAUAUUGAGCAAGAUAAUCAUUCUUGUUAAACUUAUACCUGAGCCCUCUGUCUCAAAUGUGCAGCUAUUAAGCCUGGGUUCAAAACUGAAUCCAAGUAAUAUGCAUCGCAUGCGCAACGAAAAUCUUCCUUGAUUCAUCAAUACAAGAGUUGUGCCUGUUGUUGUCGGGGCACUUGGGACAAUCCUAAAAGGAUUAGUCGGCCAUCUUGAAAGCAUAGGGGUGAAUCUUCAUGUGGCUCAGAUUCAAAAGACUGCCCUAUUAGGAACAGCACAAAUCCUCCAAGGUUCUUUCCUUUGUCUUCUGUAAAUUAUCAGGGCCAAGAAACAAAGAAAUCCUAAAUCACAUUAGACUGAAUAUUGGACUGGUUAACCUGAUAAUGGAUUUUACCUACAACACUUACACAAUUUAAGUUUUCUUUGCUACAAUCACAACAAUAUUAUUUUUUCAUUCUUGUAGAAUCUUAAUUCAGCUAUUUUGGAUAAUCCAGGUAUGUAAUUUUUAUGGGAAAAAGUGUAAAGUUGUGAUUGCCCUCAGUUACUUUGUUUAAGGUACAUGUAGCAAAUGAAAACUAUGGAGUGACUGUAAGCCCAGGGUACCAGAGAGUGAAUAUUGUUUUGUGUCAACUUCUAGUGAAGGGAAAUUCUUGUGUGGAAGGUAUUUUGGACAAUAAUUAAAGCUAUUAUAUAUUAAUUUUUAAUGUAGGCUGGGAAAUGGUUUGCAUUACAGAUUUUGUUGAGUGAUACAAAUCAAUGACCUUUUCACCCUUCUUGAGUAAGGGAGUAAUUAUGCCAGAACUUCUUUUCUGCUCCAAUGGUACCCUUUUUUGUGGUGUGCCUUGUUUUCGUCUUAUAAUGGUAUUAUUUUAUUGUCAUGGAUGGCACCUUCCAUUUUCUUUGUUAUCUUGGUCUGGUCAUGAUACAAGGAAAAUGAUGUCAUUACUCUGCUUUCUUUUUUUCCCAAACAUUCUGCUCCACGGAGAAGAAAGUUUGGAAUACAUUAAGCUUACAUGUAAAGUUGUAUUCUGGAAUUGGAAUAGUAGCAGACUUGCCAACCUCCAAGAGGCAAAAAUCUUAAGAUUCCUUAGUCCUGCGUCAGACUCAGAACUUUUCAGGAGCCAAACCUACCAAGCAAAUGUAAUUCGAAUUAAGGCCAACCCAAAUUAUUUAGACUGGAUGAAUUGAUUCAGAAGCCGAUCUUAAUUACAGCUGAACUAAUUUAAAGCAGGAAAUUACUCAGUUUAGUCAAACUGCGUACAAAAGACGUUAUAACUAUUUAUGCAUUAGGUUCAGUACAUGAAAAGUUUGACGUCUGAAUCAAACAUGUUUCAAAGUCUACCCAAAAUCAAAAUUUUUGGUGUGGCUAGGUGGGAAAAACAGCUGAGCUGGUCCAAAUUAAAACAGGCAUUCCUAAUUGAUUCAGAUGUUGAACUUUCAAUGUAGUUAAUUCAAUGUGUUAGGUUCGGCUCAUGAAAGUUUAAUGUCUGAACCAGGCCUUACCUAUAUUGUACAUGUAGAACUGGAAAAAGUAGUGAGAAGUGGGAAAAGAACUUGUGAGAUGUCCCAAAGUUCCUAGUGGAACAACAGUUGUCAUAUUGAAUGUACAUGUAUCAUGUUAAAGCCGGAGCAGUAAACAUCACCAUCAAUCUUUGUCACUGCUGACAUGCAGAAAUUUGCAGGGGGGGAUCUUGAGAUGAGAGAUUAAGGUUUAUUCUAACAUGGAGUCUGAACAUCUAGUGGCAGCAGCAAGUCGUGAUAGGCUGAAGAAUGUAAAAUACUCAUAAGAGUGUGAGAUAGGUUGUGAGACUUGACCAGUCUGUAGUAGGCUAAUGAAAUGAAUAUCCCAUGUUUUUCUUCUUAUAAUUUCAGAGUAAUAACACACCUUAAUAAGCCCCUCUUUUUAAGACUGAGAAGAAAAUUGAUGUAACAGAGCCUAACAGAACUUUGUUUCCUUUUCCUAUUUCAUUGUAGGGUUCAGGAAAGAUGUUGUUAAAUUCUGUACUCAGCUAAAUGUAAAUAUCCAAGACAUAAAUCAUCUGCUAGCUCCUUUUACUCAUGAGUCAUACCUUCUGGCAAAUGUCCACAAGCUGUCUGGACCUCAUGAGAGUAAUGAGAGGCUGGCAUUUUUAGGUAAGACUUGAAAUGUUUUUCAGUAAUCAAGUUGUUUUAUUAGCUGUGGGAACAUUGGGUGUGGUCAUGCAGCAUGGGGGUUCUCACCAUGGAAAUAAAGCCAAGAUAAUUUUUUCUUUGGUUUUCAUUUGCUUUGGUAAGAUGCUAUAAAACAUAAAUGUGUUAUUAAUGUUAGUGAGCUGCUGUUACAGCUAAAUCAUUAGCUUAUCAAACCAGCAUUAAUUUUACCUUAAAUUAUAUCCAUUAUACUUUCAAUGUGAUGUAAAAAUACUGCCUUACAUGUUUACAGCUAUUUUGAGAAGCUUGUCAGGAAAAAUGUGUACGCGAGAAUCCCGAAAGGUUAUAUGGGAUAUGAUCAAUACCCUGUUCCUGACACUGUAGCUGUAACUGUCCAUGGCCUCUUGUGACAUUCUUCCAAAUAACUUUGAAGAACAGUGAACUCAAAAGUACCCUGCAGAAUACCUUUCUGGAUUAUUGUGUGGACUUUUUCUGACAACCUUUCUCAAAAUGGCUUUGAACAGUGAUUACUUUGGCAGUAGUGCAAAAUAGGACAUUAACAAAAAAUACUUUCUUUCUGUACUGUUUUGUGUUGUUGUCAAGCCAAGCAUAGUGACAGGUUUUGGGUAGCCAAAAAUACCUAACCUUUUUUUAUCAUAAUAUGGAUUCCCUGGCCUCUGACAACUAUUGUGACUCCAUGUUACUUUCAUAACAAAAAAAAAAUAGAAUCAAAAGAACUUCCUUGCUAGUAACAUUGCAUAUACCUAGAAACUUGAAAUUUUAGUGACAGCAUCUUCAUGAUGUUUUCCUAGGUGCACAAGUUAUGAGAAAGUGUGUUACAGAGCACCUCUACCACAAUUUUCCUGAACUUUCAGCAAGAGAAAUUUGGUAGGUGCCUUGAGGGAUUGUGAAGCACGGUAUUCAGUUAUGUUUUUAGUAUUUUGGAGUACAUUGUAGCUUUUUAAAAUAAUUUCCCAGUAUUCAUUAAGUGUGUUUUCAAUAUUUUAUGGCAAAUGCAAGAACCAUAAAAAUUAAAUUUAUUUUUUUUAAUAAUUAUUGUGAGUAUUAUUGUCUCUGAAUAGUUUAUAUUCAGAAUACUUUGUUACUUUUAGGAUCCUUAUUUUUGGAGUCUUAUUGUGUUAAAAACAUUAUGGUCAUUAUUUAACUAAUACUAAGGUACACCUAAAACUCUCUGUAUUUCACUUGAGAAACAAAGAGUAUCAUUCAUCAAAUCUGAUCUAAUGUUUUUCUUUUACAAUAGAACUAUAUUUAAAUUAUUGUUUCAGGGAUGUGCAGACAGGGUUAUUAGAAGAUCAUGUUCUCUCUAAAGCCCUUGAAUGGAAUAUAAAAGCAAUAACCCUUUACUCAGUAAGUUUGUUUUGACUUUCAACUACAAUUUGUUGUGAUAGUAACUACUAUUACAUUGUUAAUAUUUUUUGUAAUAAAAUAUGCAACAUGUUUAUUCUUAAUUCUGUGGUCUUAAAAUUCUUAGCCAAGCUACCUGCAACAUAACUCCAACAUAGCUGCCAGUACUGCCUGCGAUACCUUUCCAUUAUGAGAACAGAAGUCGCCAGCAACAGAAACCAUGUCAGUCUUUACUGCCGGCAUGCCUGUGAAGUUGACACAAGUUUGACUUUGCAGGCAUGCCAACAGUAAAGACCUACAAUCUUUCUUGAGCUGGCAGCGUUAUUUACUCAUAUGUUGGAAUAGUAUCACAGACAGUACUGGCGGGUACGUCAUAGGUACUUGGACGGCAUAUGAGGACCAGGCUUUAUUUUGUCAUGCUGCAUUACUCCGUUUUAAUCUUGUAACAGAAAUUUAUGAAGUCUGAAGUUUCAGCCAUCUAUUCACCCCACCCUCCCAAUGGGCACCCAGGCUUGGUGACCUCUCGGAGGGACGGGGUGAAGAGAUGGCUGAAGAUUAUUUUAUGAGUCUUUGUGUAAUCUAGUCCAUGCUGUAGGUAAUUCUUCUCACAAUAUUGUUUCAGAGACAUCCCCAGGAUCUAAUGCUGCGUCAAGCUGUUCUUGCUCUUGUAGGGGCAGUUUAUACUCGUGAGGUCAGUGCUGCUCAUUUAUGAAGUGCAAUUUUAAACAGUGAUUCCUAUGUGUAUUUUGACUACUCAUUAUGUUCAGAUUGAAGAAUAAUGAUCAGCAAACCACCAUUAGAAAAAUUUUAAAUGAACUGUAAACAACAUUAUUUGAAUUUGGCUUGCAUUUGAUAUAAAUUAUGAGGGCGUUAUCUGCCUUUGCCGGCAGUGCUGGUGGUUAACACUGUCCUUAAUCUGCGUAAUUUUUCAUAUCAUACCCAACCUAUGUUUUGUUAUCAGAGUCCCGAGAAGGCAGAUGCAUUUGUCAAGUCACAUCUUAUACCUGAGCUUACAAGAAAUGAGAUUGAAGAGGUAGUGAAGUUGCAACACCCAAAGUUUAUCCUUCAGUCAAUAGCAGAAAAAGUGGGUCACUUCCCUCUUAAAACAAGGUUAGUCAUUGACAAUAAUUUAUGCUUUGUGUAAGUCAAAUAAUAUUUUGUGAAGGAAAUCAAGGUGUAAAGAAAAUUCAGUUAAAUUCAUCAAUUUUUGUUUAACCCUUUCAUGCCAAGUCCAAGUGAUGGCAAGAUUAUUUCUACACUAUUUCUAACUAUUAAAUCUGUGGGCAAGAUUCUUUGGUGUUAGUAAAGUUACCAUUAAGAUGAAACCAUUCAGAACUUUUGCAUAGUAUUUUUUUUAUUUCUUAGGAUUUUAAAAUCUAAAUCUAAAUACAUAAGAAUUUGAAUUGUUUUUUGAAUUUGUCUUUGGCCAAUAUAUUAAGGAAUAAAGGGGGUUAAAUUAUUUCAUAAUAUAAUAUUUUGAGAGAAUCAGUAGUUGCAACUGUCUCUAGGAAAGAAUAAUUUGAUGAAUACCACUGCUGGGUCCUGCAGAGGUGUGUCUUAGAGAAGUGUCCAUCAUAAUUAUUAUUCUCUUUUUCAGGCUUGAUUACUCAAAAAAGAGUAAAUCACAUCUUCACUUAGAUAAUCCAUUCAGCUAUUGUGUCAGUGUUGUACGCGGCCAAGAAAAUGAGGUCCUUGCCCAAGGUAUUUCCCCACUUGGUUGUUCAUUGUUCAUUACCGGUAAUUCUAGUUGAAGUGCAAUAGCAUUUUGAUUACAGCAUUUUCUAGUCUAUGUGACUUCUAUUGAUAAAUCUCUCUUAUAGAAUCUCUUUGUACAGGAUUAAGGGCCUGCUUGUAGACAAAGCUAUAGUGUAUACCUUUUGGCCAGGCUCUGUUACAUACCCUUUUAGGUCAAGGCUUUUCUUUAAUUCUAAUUCACAGAAAUUUUAUUUGCAAUGCUUUGUUUUCCUCUCUGUUGGUUUCGGUUCAGUUCAGUCCAGUUUAUUCACACUUGUAUAUAAUUAUUUACACUGUAUAUAGUAACGUAGGAAUAAAAUAACAGAUAAGAGAAAAAAAGGAAAGAAAGAAAUUUUAAAUGACUUUGAUAGAAGUGUAAGGUUGUCAGAGGAGCUGAAACAGUCAUUUAUAUGUAGUUAGCUUUGAGAGUUACUGGUAAGCAGAAUUCAUUUGUAUAUUUGUUUUUUGAACACAGUAGCUCCUGGUACACUUGGCUUUGCACUUGUAGACAACUAAAUUAUUAUUCUCAUAUUCCAUAUGAAAGUGAAGUUUUUAAAUUUAACAUGCAUUAAUGUUUCACUUUUAGAGGUCUCUUACAGUUUAACAAUGGCAGAGAAAAAGGUAUGACAUAAUUUUGCAGGCAUGUGAAUGAAAUAAAAGAACAGAAGUGGCAAUUUGUCAACAUUAGUCAGCUUGAUUUCUCUCCUUUGACAUGUUCAACAAGAAAGUGAAUACACAUUUAUAGUACUUCAAUCUACUUAUACUUUCCGUAGAUGCCUUAGGCUUCCUUGUCACAUUAAUUUUAUACUUAAAUUAACAACUUUUGUUCAUGUUGUAUAAGGUUUUGUGAGUGACUAAAUAAAUAAAAUAAAUAAAUAAAUUAGACAACCCUUUACAUUAGCUGCUCUUUCUCCAUAAAGAAGUGGUUUUAAUAGGAUGAAUUAUUUCAUUUUGAUGUCUUGUCAUGUUUGGCUAAACAUUAAGGUGAAGUUUUUUUUCCCUUGAAAUGUUUGGGUCACUCCUAAAUUCCUGUGUUUCCUUCACUUUCAGGCAUGCCAGAAGGCCCUCAUAGCACAUUAUGGUGAGGAAUUCAAUACUUUUCACUUAGCAAUGAAUGAUAAAGAUGAAUUUACAGUUGAGACAGAUGUUGACCUUGGUUUGAUAGCCUCUGAACAGAGAAUAGUGGAACUCGACAAGGUAAGAUUGUUUAGGGGUUAGGUUCAUCAUAUCUGUUGUCUAUUCAGCUUUGACUUUCAAAGGACUUGCUAAUCUAAAGUAUUUCUUAUAAUUUUGGUUUCAAGGGACAAGAACAAAGCUUUGGUUUUCACAUCAAGGGUGGUGAGAAACGGAAGAAGAGAACUGAACAAUGGCUUGUGUUCCAUUACACCACACCCAUCUUUAUAUCACACAUUGUACCUGGUGGUGUGGCAGACAUGUAAGUACAAGAUUUCACCUUGUCUUUUCGUAAUCGUUUUUGCCCCUUUGGUGACCAACAUACCAACCAUUAAUUAUCAGACUGCGAGUAGUCUCCCUUUUUCUGCAAAUUUAGUGAGGACAAUGCGCGUGCAUGUAAGCAUCAAGAUGUGAGAAAUUAGGCCCAAUGGAUUAAGUAAAAAGAGAGAAUGCUUGUAGUCUAAUUAUUAAUUUAUUAAAAAAGGUUUACAUGAACAGAACAUAUUAACUAAAUCAUUGCAAAACUACUCAGAAGAGCAAAAACUAAACUAGCUGAGCAGUUCCAACAAUGACAUCACAUUUUCUGGAAGGUGACAUGAAAAAAACACAAAAAAUAUAGAGGCGGUAAGAAAGCUAAUAGAGUAAAGUACAAGAUGAUUCAAAAAUUGAACAAUCGAUCAAUCUAACUAAUCUGAAGGAGUUAAAUUUAGAAAAAAACAAAAGAAUAAGAACAAUGUAGAAAAAAAAUUAAUACCGGUACUGACACUUGUCAAGUUAAGUGAAAAAGGAGAAAAAAAAACAAAAAGAUGUAAUAUCUCUUUAUAAUGUUCAGGAUAACAUGAGGAAGACUACUGUGUAAUCACCAAAAACAUAUCUUGAUUAUGAAACUUGUUUUCCUUUAGUACCACAAGAAAUGUAGAGCUAAUUUUUGUUUGAUUUUGCAGGCAUGGGGGAUUGUCUGUUGGUGACAGGAUUCUUGCUGUGAAUGACAGGGUAAGCUUAGCUAAAUUGUGAUAAUUUGUAUGAAAAAUUGUGAUGGGAGGGAUCUACUAGUUUUUAUUUCAGAUCUCAAUAUUAUGCCCAUAUUGCAAUAUUCUGGUUCCUUGCAUGCUUUUUGGAAACUUUGAUAAACCUCUCUGUAGUUAUUUAAAAUAAUAUGGAAGUCAACUGUCAUUAAGCCUUUACAGUAAGUUAGAGUUUUCGCUCUUUUUUCUCUACUUCCAACUUUCAUGAAAGAAAGAAAACGCUUUCUACGCAGGCUAACUCUCACUGUGUCCCAACAAAGAUCUGAUGGUUUGAUUGUAGCAAUUCGAAUUCAUUUGGCAAGCAAGUACCAUAAGGGAAUUUUUGAAGGGUAAAUCUUAUUGCUUUUUGCAGACGAGUGGGCCAUGUACAAUGAUACUGGCCAUUGUCAGGUUGUGCUUUGCCCCCUCCCCCCAAACUGCCCAGCUUCCCCCCAAAAAAUAUUGUUAACAUUACAGAAUAUAAGUAACUAUAAUUAUCAGAAAAAUCAUCCAGACGCGAUGAGUUCAGUGCCAAACUGCAACAUUUCUCAAAAUUGUGUCUCAAAAUGCAGCAGAUUGCAUCUCAGUGCGUAUUCAUUUCACAAAAUUUCCAGGGGGCCAUGUCACCGGACCCCUCUAGGAAGCUUGGGCCUUCGGCCACUUGGGAGUAAACGGUAAAUCCUAGAUAGAACCCUAAUGGGUGGCAAAAAUGACCGAGGAGCGCGACAGAGACUCUUCCCUCGCAUGUCCCCGUUGCAUGUCCCAUUCUUCCUUGCGCCCAUAUUACUUCAAUGUACCUUCUACAUAGGAUACCCAAAAGAGCCCUAUGGUAAAAAAUCAACACAACACUGACCCACUCUCCAAUGAAGAUCAAAAUGGCUUCAAAAUGGCUUCUAAAAGCAGCUUUUAUCCGUAGAAGGUUUAUUCAUGCACAGCAUAUUUUGUUUCCCUUAGAGUAUGGAAGGGCUUGAUCAUCAGCGAGCAGUUAAUCUGUUAAAAUCAGUCUCUGGUGAGUCAUUGAAAAUUAAACAUCAUCUGGGGCCUAGGAAACUCUGUUGGCUUACAAUUAUUCGGUUAAAAAAUUCACAGUAUAGUUUUGGUCACUUUGAACAUGUACAGACAAUUGGUCUCUCUUCUCUCCAUUUGAAGACCGCUUCCAUUGGUUUGCUAAGUAUUACAUUUUUUGAUUGAUUUGUGAUUGGCUACAUGUACAUGUACAUCUAAGCGCACAACAUAUUUUUCUUUACCUAUAGUAAAGAAUUAUCAGGAUGAUGUUAUUAAUAUUGUAACAGAUCGAGAUUCUCAUGAAUACUAAUCAUUUAUUGAUCGUUGGACACAUCGAAAUAGAACUUUUUGUCCCCAUUUAAUACUGUAACUAAGUUGACCUGAAGGCCGGGAAGUAAAAAGAAUUCCUUGCUCCUCUGUGCUUCUUGCCUAACCUACACUUGUAGGUCACCAGCACAUCCAAAUCUGCUUCUGAGAAGAACCGGGAAAGGGAAUGACUAAAUGUCAGAUUCUUUCUACGGGCACCGAACAGAACUAAGUAAUCGAAGCAAAUCUCGGUGUUGUACACGAUAUUGUCGUUGAACGAAAGAAUUAAUAGUUCAGAAAAUGCUGAUGUGGUGUUGCUCUACUUUAUCUCAAGUUGCCCAAUUUUCAAUUUUAGGCCGUGUAACCUUGACUGUCGCCCACUGUAAAGAAGGUAAGCUGUCCCAGUUUAGUUUUCACAUCUUAUAACCAGUACUAAUACAUGUUUAUCAGUGAUGAGGCUACUCGCCUUCCGUCAUUGUAACCCAGGCUCAUUCCUGAUCUUUCAGUCGAUGCCAUGUGUGGAUCAAGGUUUGGUUUAACUUCUGAUGGGGCAAAAGAAGUUCCAGUCAAAAAGUGUUAAAACACAAAAUUAAUCUCUUCUUUCGGACAGUUCCCUAAAACGGACAGCCAGCUUUGGUCCCUGCCUGUCGUCAGACAUUUUCUAUGACUCUCUAUGAGGCGGACAUCUCACUAAAUCGGACACUAAGUGUUGGCCCCUGCCGUUCUUUAGUCAUUUUCAUUUACUCUCUAUAAGACGGACACCUAGAGUUGGUCCCUGCCAUUCUUCAGUCAUUUUCUUCCAUUCUCUCCAAGGCGGAAACUUGCCUAAAUCGGACAACAAGAGUUAGUAACUGCUGAUCUUUAAUCAUUUUCGUUGACUUUGAAGAAAGGGGACACUUCUCGAAAAUAAACCUCUAGGGUCCCCGGCGUUGUUCUUCCAUUUUCCUUGUCUCUGUAAGACGGAGCGGACAUCUCUCAUAAAGUAGAGACGGUCCCAGUGGUGUCCAUCUUAGAGAGAGUUGGCUCUAAAAUGCUGAGGAUCUUUGGAGUUGAGUAUAACCCGUUGGAAGCAUUAACUUUUCAGUCUUUUGAUAGGCCUUUGGCAAUAGUUGGUCACGUGAUCAACUGUCUGUAAACUCGAAAAUACUGUGCUUUUGGAAAAUUUUGUUAGCAGGAACUGAAAAUGUAUAUUAAAAUUAAGUAACCUGUGAAUUUUUAGUCGCAUACCGUAAAAUUCCGAAAAUAAGCCCCGGGGCUUAUAUUUUUCAAAGGCCCUUUUUGAGGGGCUUAUUUUUGGAGGGGCUUAUAUUCGUAGAGGCUUAUCUACGGAGGGAAAUUUGCGUUUCAAAAUCGAUUGGGCUAGCCUUAUAGUUAAAAGUAAAUUUACCAUUUUUGCUUUGUUUUACUUUGUAUUUGAGGGCAAUUUUCCAAGUACAAGCCCCGGGGGGGCUUAUAUUUGGAGGGGCAAUUUAACGGAGGGUUUUUGCGUUACCGGUUUGGGGGGCUUAUAUUUGGAGGGACUUAUACAUGGAGGGGCUUAUUUUGGGAAUUUUACGGUAUCUCAAAAGUGGUGAUUGCAACGGCAGCCGAAAAUUAGAUGGAUUUGUGUGAGUACAUGAUCAACUAAUGCAAAAGGGUUAUUGACAGAGUGUAUUCUCUCCCGGCAUGGUAUUAAAAGGAAAAAGUAAAUAAAAUCUGUUGUUUCCUUGCAGCUUUAAUUGCUGAUAAGGUGGAGAUGAAGUACAAGGAACUUAGGCGCAAAAAACGCAUGGCGGAGCUGGCAUCUGAUAUCUGGUCUGAUUGGCAUCAAGCCCAAGCAAACCGUCAGCCAUCACAGUAUAAAGAUGUCCUCAAUUAUCAUGAUUUGCCCAAGGAGGCUAAGAAACCAUCAUCUUAG